AUGACUGAUCUGUCGCUGUGAUCAAGGUAUGGUGGAGGUGGGAGUAGUACCAGCCCUGGUAAAAGAGAUUAUAAAUGACGAUUAUGAUUUAAAGAAUAAGGAUGACUUGAGGGAAAAUAAGUGGUAAAAUAAUUUUCAAACUCUCGAGGAGGACGGGGAGUAAAUCCAUCUGGAACUCUGGAAAUGACUCUGAUAAACAUUACGUGGCAUAUCAGACAGGUGGUUAUUAUAAUCCCACAGAUCUUUAAUACGUAGUUCACAGACACGUAAUCAAAUAUUCAAGGAAAUCUACUGUCGAACAUUAGUAACUUAGUAAUGUCUUUUUCUCUUGAAGACCACGUUCCGAAGCCGUAUAGCAAAACAGUGCAAAGAGCUCCACAUCAUAUUAGCCUUCGGUAAUCUGACAGUAAACUCGUCUACAUCAGCCGCGUUUAUUUAUAUUUCAAAAUGCUGUUUUUAAAACCACUAGCGAAUAAGAUGGUUGACUAAGUUAACAUACUCCAGGGAAACGUUUUAGCUCGUGACCCACAGCUGCAAUAAACGCUUUUUUGAUACAAAGUAUUUUGUCAUAUAGGUACGUUAUGAAUGGUUCUUUAGUUUAAGUUUCAAUAUUUUUUAGCUAAAUUGUUAUGGGUUAUUUAAUAAUUUUAAAGCUUCAUCUAAACUGUAACUACGUUUUUAACAAUAAACAAAAACGUUGAAAGAAUUUAACUCAUUCGAACUUUCCAGAGGGAUGCCUUUACGUAAAAUUGUGAAGUGUUGCGGUAUUUCUCUUUGAAGUUGUUCUCAACUCAAUGCACGUAAAGCGCAAGUGCAAAGCACGGCAACAGGCCGAUGUAAUGCAUAUUGGUCGUGAGAAGUUACAAAGUAUUUACACAAUGCAUAUACGUAGCCUUCAAUUAUCUGCUUGCAUCUUCCGGUGUGUCCUAUAAUCUGAAUUUUCUUCUCAACUGACCUCCAAGUGUUAUGCUAACGCCUUGCUUUUGACGCAUUGAAACUCCUCAAUCCGUUCGACAACUGUUGCAACUUUGACAACAAACUCCACUAUACACUAAUUACAAACAUCCUUGUGAGUAGAGUCUAUCACACAAAUACCAAAGUUUCGCUUUGAAAAAGCAAAUCCUUUGCUUUUUCACAGCUAUUCCACCUAAUAAACAAGCCAAUAAAGUCGCUUAUUCUGAAACUAACCAAAAAGUGUCUAUAACUGCCACAGUGUGUCUCAAAAGAGGAUGUCGGUAGAUUUAUCUCGAUCGACACUAAUUCGUUUCAUAGCAAUUGUGUGUAUUUCUGGGUUAGACAGACAUUAUUGAAAAGUUUCCAAUAAUAACCAAGGUCUGAGAAGUCGAUAUUGUAAUACAAAUCACUGAUCAGAAGUUGAAUGGCACUAGAGUGAUUUUCUUAUUAGGCUGAUUAUCCUCUAGUCGUAUCUUCAGUGACAUAUCUUUCAGCAAUAGGAAUAAUAUGCGGAGUUAAAAUAAAUGUUGGUAAAUAACUGUAAACUCUGUGUUAAAUGGUCAUUUUGAAGCUUAAAUAGCCUUAUCUUUCAAAAAUGAUGUUUAUUAAAUGUUCAUCUGACGUCAGUCGUAGGUUUUAUAAUGAUAAGUUAAUUAGCUAUGUCAUAUCUGCUUGCCUGUAAGUCAGCAUCCUUUGAACAAAGAAAACCUUGUUCUGAUUGCACUCAUGUUUGUUUAUAUAUUGUAGAUAAUAUUUUGUCUUGCGGUUGAAGUUGAUAUACUAUCGUACGACGAUGACAUAAACUCUAUUAUUGUAGAAGUAAUUUUCACAGACAUUUUAUGCAUCCCAGAGUGAGUAACUACAUCUUAUUAAGCUUUUUGAAGAAUUCACUAUAACAAUAGCUACAAAUUUACUAAAGAUUGUUUGACUGUCAUAGAAGGUGUUGUUAUAGGAAUAACACAUGUUCAUUUGUUCACCAAAGCAGUUAUGUAUUCAUGUCCAGAACAUCUUUGUCCGGGAAACGAUACUUACUUCAUCCAGCAUAUAACGGACAUUUAUAAAAGGUUGGAAAGAUUCCAAUGCAAAUUUUGUUAUACAGAACUGAGAGAAGAAAUAGAGAAAAGGCUGUUCUCGAAAAGAGUGGAAUUUCUCUUACUACCGAAACGGGAAGACGGAUCAGAAAUUAUCACAUUGAAUAGAAGCAUCAAAUGCACUGUUUAUGAUAAACUAAUUUCCAAACUUAAAUUCGGAAGCAGAUGCUUCAUUUCUGGUGUUCCUUAUUUAAAAAAAGCUGGUCGUUCAUACCAAUGGCAGUUCAAGGUUUAUGGGAUUGAAGAUUCAUUUAUUAGUUAUAUGGACCCUUGGAAAUGCGUCCUCACUACAAUUGUAGAAAGUUUACCUAACUAUGUUCGUGCAUAUGAAUUUGGCAUUGCAUUCACGUUCGCAUUCAUGUUUUUAGAUAAUGUCACGAAAGCUGGCACUUUUUUCCUGUUAAAGUGGCUUCUACUCUUACUUCUCGUUCAAAAUGAAUUCACAGAGCCUGAUGAAAAACGUUUAUUUUCGCAAAUCUCAGGUAGACCUCCAGCUCUACUUUUAGUGGGAUCCCUUGGCGAUAGCUUGUCAAAUAACCUACUGAGGGCAGCAGGAGAAUUUACAAAACCAUUUUGUGAGUACAAGCCUGGGAUUAGUAUACUUCCAACAUCAUUGGAAGUGGACUUAAGUGGAUCAAAGAAACCAAAUUUGAAAUGUCUCUGGAAAACUAUAAAGAAACAGAAUACCUUACAAACGAAGUCUAUAGAGCUGGAUAAAUUGUGUACAAGUGAAGAACAUACAGUUAUGUGUGGAACUAUAGAACUAGCUUCUGGAGGAAUAGCUUAUUUUCCAAAUUUGGAACUUUAUAAGAAAAAGGAGCUAACUAGUCUCGUUUACGCUUUAGAGAAUAUGACCGUGGAAGACUCAUUUUCAGGCUAUGGGGUUGAUUUAACGUCUGUUCAUAAGAUCAGCGAAGAGUUAUUUUACCCUAAUGAAACUACUAUUUGGGCUACUGUUGAAGUUAAUCCGCUGCAGAGGAACACAGUCAAAGAUCCAAUUGUUAGGUUUUCACAAAAUUAUUUAUUUGAUACAGAUAUUUCUAUGGAAAGGAUGGAAAAAAUAAACGAGGAGUGUACCAAUUUACUACUCAAUGGAAAUUUGAAAAGAAUUAUUCACGCUUUUGAUAUAGUUGUCAAUACUGAAGAUGCGUCCGGACCAAUCAAGAUCAUGGAUGGAUUACUAGCAGAUUUCUGUUUAUCAGCAACAUGCAAUUUGGAAACCAUGAAAUAUUCAGGGAAGUCUUCACUCCCAAAUAUGAAAAUUUACUCAAGUCUUCUAGAUGCAUGCAAGAAUGCACCUACGGUGAAAAUGGAAGAAAACGCUAGUAAAUUACUGCAAGUUUACUACAUGGCAAUGAGGCGUUCAUCUGUUCGAGAUCGAAAAACAGCUCCAGCAUCCGCAUUGCUGACAUUAUUUAAGUUGGCUAAGAGUAAUGCUAAAAUUAACGGGCGCAUUGUUGCGAACGAACUUGAUGCUACUGUCGCAAUUUAUAUCUACGACACUUUUAUUUCAAAUCAGACAGGUACAAACUACCUUGGGUCGAAAUCAUUUCACUAUAUCACUGGAAUGGAACAAGAUUCAAUGGAAGAACUGAAUAACAUCCUGGUAUCAAUAAACAAGCAACUGAAGGAUUUAAUCAAUGUUGCCAUGGAUGAAAUGUAA